AUGACAUUAUACGUGUUUCGUGGAGCGAUUUCAUUUCCACAAGGUCUCCAAGGUCUCCGAGCUAUUGGCAUAUUAUUCGUACCAGACGGUUGCGCCAUGAUACGCAGUGAAAUUGCUAAAAAUAAAAACCACUUCAGCUCUCAUUGUUCGAUGUCUCCUGCGGGUGUAGCUCGAAGAAAGCCGAAGCAUCCCGAAGAUUUCCGAAGGGAUGACAGGCGAGCUUUCCGUGGAACGCGGAAAACGUCGGCACAUGUUGAAAAUACGGAUGGCCAUUGA